GGGAUCUCUGACCGAGGUCGUGAUCGGCCAGCCUCAGCCAAUCAUAGCCUUAUAUCGACAAUGGUACCUCGUGUGCUCGGGUUGCAACGACCUGCAAUUCGUGUUGGGCCAAGCGGAGCUUUUGAGAACUUGACGUGCUUCCCGCUGCUGUCACCUUGAACCUCACCUCAUCCUAUCUUUCGACCUCCUCCUCGGCCCUAUACCGUCGCCUCAGCCUUGAUGUUCCUGCCAAGCCUCCCGUUCCCAUUCACCUCAGACUACCAUCACCGCUCACUCACGGAUAGCCCUCUAGGGAUAUGCAGUCAUAUCGACCAGCUGUGCCCUGCCACGGCGGCGGCGGCAAACAUCGAUAAUGACACCUCGCACCUCACAGAAGCCCGUACCCUCCCUCCGUGUCGUCAACGGUGACCCCCAUGCCGCACUUUUGGAGGCUUCGGCGACUCAGCUUCGUUCGUGUAGAACCCACGUCACUUUCACAAGACGCCUGCUCCAUCAAAUUUCCCCGUCUUCCCACACACAAGGCCGAUCGUCGUGAUCUCCCCCAGCACUUCUGACAGCGCAACCUGUCCAAUAGCUAUGUCCGGGCUGACCAGACCUUGGUGAUGGGAUGGGCCUGUCGAGACAUCGAUAGGCUUCCAAGACCGCCACCGGAUCGGUCCCCCGCUAUCAUCCCGCGUCCGCCCAGCUCGACAAACCCAGGUUCAUCCGUCACCGACGUCGAUGAGUCUCCGAGGAUUCCAAGAACUCUGCAUCAUGGGGUGUUGGUAUUUGCAAUGCUCAGGGAGGAACUGGGUAACCGGCACCUGGGCGGGACGGUCCGGUACCUGGGCGUUGCUAUUCUGAGAAUGGAUAUAAAGGGCAGCUCAGUCAGCAGUGUGAUGGGAUUUGUCUCUGCAGCCAGUGUCUUCAGAAUAUCCCGGUAUCGAUAUCCCUCCCAUAUCUGUCUAUUCUCUAUCAAAAUGGGCCAGCAAAACUCCCGCCCUGUCUUUGACAGCAAACUGACCAAAAGCCAUGUCGAACACGCCCUGAUCCAACAGGAUGGGCGCCAUAACGACAUCCCCACAGUCCUCGCCACCCUCCUCUUCCUUGAUGCCUCCCCGGAGAUGCUCAAACACGCCUACCGCUGUCGCAAAGACAGCCUCCACACCUGGACCCCAUCCCCGGGCAGCAUCACCGACGAAGCAACCAAAACCGCCCUCCUAGGCGACAAACGCUUCCAGCGCGCCUUCAUGACCUACUUCUCCCUCCUCAACAACCAAUACAACUCCAACUCGACCGCCCUAGCCCUCUCCCAGCUCUUCUCGGGCCCCAUACCCCUCGUCUACGGCCUCUUCUCCUCCCUCGGCCUCCCCCUCACCUUUCUGUCGGAUGGGAUAGAGCUCCGCUCCGCAAUCCUGGUAGCCCAAUCCCUCACCCUCUCAGCCGUAGACUGGCAGCCCGGCAUCUAUGACCUCCUGACAAGCAGCCAGCUCGCCCGCCCGGCAUCAGAACUCCUCGGACCAGAGGAGCUACUAAGAAGGGUAGCCUACGACGGGCGGUUCAGCGGCGUGAUGAAGGGGGGAGCGGGAUAUCACAACAUCAGCCAGAUCCUGUCCAACUCGUCGGCAAGGACGGCGGUGGUAGAGUACGUCCAGCAGCUGGACUGUCGGAAUUUAUCGCUGCUUCUCCCCCAGCUGGCUUCGCUUUCUGUUUUGCUGCUCACGGCCACGCACAAGCCGGAGAGGCCGGCGUUUGAUUUUUAUCUUGCACAUCUUGUCACGGCCGUUAAUUCUUUGAGGGUUGUGCUCUCUAUUCUGGAGGAGGGGACGCAGAGGGUUGUGGUUGCGAGGGGGGUCUGGCUGUUGUUUGUUUUGGUUUAUGUUACGCAGCUGAGGCCGGUGGUGGAUGGGGAGUUGCUGAUGGGGAUGGAGUUACAGGAGGGGCAUGAUUGGCGGGCGGUUUACGACGUGUUUUGCAACGAGGGGGGGACGGGCCAGGGUAGGUGGGGGAAUGGGCCUUGGCUGAGGGUCAUGAGGACGUUGUUUGAGCUGGGGAGGGAGUUUGAUGGGGAGGGGAAUGGGGGGGUGUGCCUGAGGGGGGCGUGGAAGAUGGUCGGGUAUUGGAGUGGGUGGACGGGGCUGGGGGGCGAGGGGGGAGGGAGGGAUGGGGGGUUGAAUAUCAGACUCUAG